UCGCGAUGGAGCUGCCUGGGAGAUUCAUGCCGGUCUUCUUGCUCUUGCUUCUGCUCCCGAAACCUGCUGCGUCGGGCUGUGCUAGCUCUCUUGGUUAUAAAUUCACCAUCACUCUUAACGGACAACCAUGGUGUGUAAUUCAAGGCCAGGUCAAUGGAAAGAACUUUUUUAAUUAUACCUGUAACCACCAGGAGAUUAAAUUCAUGGGUGGUCAGGGGAUGGAGGUGAAUGAAACACAGGCCUGGAAUCAACAGAGAGACACUCUGAAAGAUGUGAUGGAAGACCUCAAAAAGGCACUGCUUGACAUCAGAUGGAAUAUUAAAACCAGUGGCCCUCUCUCCCUACAGGGCAGCAUGAUGUGUAAGCAGGAAUCCAGUGGAGGCACCAGCCCUUUCUGGAAGCUUGACUUCAUAGAAUUACUUGGGGCAGCAGGUGGUGAGGUGUCUCCUCGGAUAUUUCUCCACUUGGACUCCAAGAAAAGCCGGACAGCAUUGCAUGGUGAAGACAGACUCUUAAACAAGAUUGUCGGACCCAUAACCGAUCUCCUUAAUCGGAUCUCAGUUGGAGACUGUGGGAAGUGGCUUCAACAAGUUUUGUGUCCCCAGGAUGAACUUCUGAGCACAAAAGCUGCACCAACUACAGCCAAUGCCACAGCCACAGUCCCGUCCAAAGCCACAACCAACACUCACAUCACCUUGAUUGUCUCUGUGAUCCUCACCUGCUUGGUCAUAGUUGGCUGGUAA